AAUGUUGAUAUGACCGCUAACUAAGUCGCCGGUGAAAGCUGUUUUGCAAACAUUUUUGGUCAUUCGAGUUUCUACCAUAUUAGUGAUAUACGUGUUAACAAGUCUGAUAAGUCGGUCAUGCAUUAAUUGUUAUUCAUAAGUAUCUAAAUAACUUUAUUUCUAGGUUAAAAUAAUUAAUAUAAAUGCUUCGUCAACCAGUCAGUUUGGUUACUGCGCUUCUUUAUUGCUCUUUUUUAUUAUGUAUUGUGAGGAGUGAAAAUGAAGAAACUCAUCGCUUCUCCAGAGCAAUUCAACGUGGUUUGGAAUUAGAACCCGAUGACGAAUGGUCGAACAGGGGCGCUCCACCUCCCAGACCGCUCCGACGGCCUCCGCCAGCUCCACGACAGCGGCAGCGACUCCAAGAGCUUGAGGAAGAAGAGGAAGAAGCGGAUGAAGCUCCUCGAAGGAAGCCUUCCCGGGGUACGUCCAGCAAAUUAACGCGCAAUCCGGAUGCAGUUGUCAACCGGCCAUCCAGCACCCUGCGAAGAGCGGCAAAGAUAAGGAAUCUGAAGACUGGUCUGGCGCAGAAAUAUGAACUUCCGACGAGCCGAUUCAAUAGUUCGCUAUCUCCCGACGGGAGACAUUCUCGACUGCUGCUGGGCGAUGCCGAACUGGAUCCGUAUGGCCGUCUUCCGAAUACUGACCUCAGUGUUCUGGACCCUCCUCGAGCCGGAUACCCGGAAAUUACCACCCUGGGAAUUCUGGAGCGGGAUCCUAUCCCGCCUGUACGCGCUGAUCCUGAGGAACUAAAGAACAGUCUUACGGAAGCGCUGGAAUUAGGACGACAAGAUUUCAAUCAUAUCGUCAUGAAACACCGCGAGCCAGCUUGCAUUAUUGGAGGCUAUGGUCCCCAGGGCGUCCACCCUCUCGUAUGGGCUGUGGCCAGACCAGUUACCAAUGCACUAUACGGCUAUAUCAACGAAUUUGCUGCUAUUCGCAUGGCCAAUGGAUAUACGAAGGGCGAUGGCGAACGGCUGUUCGCAACCCUGGAUGCAAGCGAAAGCGCAAUUGAAGACGAUCAGUGCUUCGUUGGCGAAGCUAAAGAUAUUCGAUGCAACAAACGUACUCCCUACCGCACAUUCGACGGAACGUGCAACAACCUGGAACGACGUGAUUGGGGCGCGGCAAAAACCGGUCAGAUCCGGACGACCUUUGCGGCGUAUGAAGACGGCAUUAGUGCACCGCGUGAAUUCUCCGUACUGUCGCUCAUCGCCAAAGAGAGGCGUUCGCUGCCCGGUCCCAGAGAAGUGAGCAUCUCCCUUAGCCGCGGCCAGCCUCGUCCCGACCGGAAGGUCACCCUGGCAGUCAUGCAGUUUUCGCAAUGGUUAGCCCAUGAUCUUGUACGAACACCCAUGGAGCUUGUGGAGAGUCCCGAGAAAGCGUCCGAUUUCAUCAUGCCUGCUUGCUGUGGCGUAGACCGUAGCUGUCGUCACCCGGUGUGUGACGCUAUUUCUGUUCCUCCGAAAGAUCCUUUCUAUGCAAGAUUCAACCUGCGUUGUUUGGAAUUACUCCGGGUGCAACCUGCAAAUCCCCGUACUUGCGCUUUAACCCCACGCGCGCCAGUCAAUCUAAAUUCCGCCUUUAUUGAUGCUUCCAUGACCUAUGGCUCCAGCCAAGCUACGGCAAUGAGAUUACGAGGACCCAAAGGCAGUUUAAAAGUUAAUACUUCGCCGUUGCUGAAACCUGGAUACGAGAUGCCUGUAGGAGGAGAAGAUAGCGAGUCGUGUAAAGGCAAAGGACCGGACAAGCCUUGCGUCCUGACGGGCGAUACUCGAGGAAACCAGCACACCGGUAUCGUGAGCAUGGCAUCCCUAUAUGUUCGCGAACACAACCGAAUUGCUAAAUACAUCACCAUGAACCGUCCAGAACUCCCCGACGAGGUUGUUUUUCAGGCUGCUCGUCGCAUUCUGAUUGCUGAACAUCAGCAUAUUGUCUACAACGAACUGCUGCCGGUUCUUGUGGGUAAUCGCAUAUGGAAAGAGCCUAGCAAUGGAUUACUUUUAAAGAGGAAUGGUUACUGCGCUGAUUGCUACAGGAAAGAUGUUAACCCUAGCAUUUCUACUGAGUUUUCUGCUACUGGUUUCCGACUGCAUACAAUGUGUCCAGAUUGGCUGCCGGCUGCUAAUGCUUCCGGCCAUCUCUUCCCAUUUUGGGAGCACAUGGCUAGUCCUGACAUGUUUUAUCGUCCGGCCAUUGUGAAUGACAUUUUAACCGGAAUGGUUAAAAUGUCAUCCGAAUCGUUCGAUCAGAUUUACUCAACACAGGUUCAAAACUGGUUGUUUAAACACUACCAAAAUCCAUAUGGCCAAGAUUUGUUCUCCAUCGAUAUUGCUCGGGAACGCGAAGUGGGCAAUCCAAAUUACCUCAGCCUCCGAGCGGCCUGCGGACUUCCGCCGGUAACCAGUUUUGCGGAUUUGGAGGACUGGAUGCCUCCACGUGCAGUUGCCAAUUUGGCCAGCAUCUACGCACACAUUCUGGAUAUUGACGGCAUCACGGGAGCAGUUUCUGAAUAUCCGGUUAACGGUGGAGAAGGAGUCGUAGGACCGACAAUGGCGUGCCUUUUGGUAGAUCAGUUCUCACGGCUCAGAAGCGGAGACCGCUUUUGGUAUGAAAACAAGGACGCCAAAUUUACCCAGGAACAACUGAAAGAAAUUCGCAAAAUAAGCCUAAGUGCUCUUCUGUGUGGCAAUACACCGAUAAAAGAAGUGCAACCCAGAGCAUUCCUACGCGAUUCGCCAAGAAAUCCUGUCACGCCAUGCGAAAAUAUUUUGCGCUCUGCUUUGUCACUGGACCCAUUCCUGGAGAACUUAUCCCCAGACCGAUUUCCCGCAGAGCCCGCGGAAGUAGCCAGUGGGCCUCCUCCCCGGCCUCGCGGUCCUCCGCCCGGUGAAGGCGGUCCUGGCGGACCAGGCGGUCCAGGCGGUCCAAGCGGUCCAAGCGGUCCAGGCGGACCAGGUGGACCUGGAGGUCCUGUCCCGCCGGUGGUGUUAGCAUAGGUCUCAGUCUAGGUCUCAGAUGUUGUGCAUAGUCUUGUGUAUAUUGUAACUAUGUAGCCGGCAUAUAUCGAAUUGUUGGCGCGAAUGAAAUGUUGUUUUGAAAUGUGUUUGAAUUGUUUAUAAACUCUAAUUAGUAUUUGGGUCCAUUUCUAUACCAAAAGGUGUAGCAUCUAUCUGACUUGCCUUUACAUACAUGUCUAGAUUUUUCUCACAGUCUGUCAUGCCUUUUUGUACUUAUUUAAUAAAU